CGCCUUCCCGCGCGCCCCGCCCCGGCCUCCCCCGCGUCGGCCUCAUCCCCGCGGGGGUCAGCGGCGGCGGAAUUCCCGUAGCUGUCGACGAGGCUGCGGUCGCUGCCGCGCAAGGAUGGAGUUCGUGAAGUGCCUGGGCCGCCCCGAGGAGUUCUACAACCUGCUGCGCUUCCGCAUCGGGGGGAAAUGGAAGGUGAUGCCCAAGAUGGACCAGGACUCGCUCACCAGCAGCAUGAAAACUUGCUACAAGUACCUGAACCAGACCAGCCGCAGUUUUGCAGCUGUCAUCCAGGCGCUGGAUGGGGACAUUCGCCAUGCUGUGUGCGUGUUUUACCUGGUUCUCCGAGCUCUGGACACGCUGGAAGAUGACAUGACCAUCAGUGUGGAGAAGAAGGUCCCCCUGCUGCAGAGCUUUCACACCUUCCUGUAUGACCCAGACUGGCGGUACAUGGAGAGCAAGGACAAGCACCGACAAGUGCUGGAGGACUUCCCCACGGUAGCGGCUUCAGGCUCUGUGCCCUUGGGCGUGGGUAGUGGUGUAGAGUCAGGGAGAAGGGAGCAGACUGCACCAAUAGUCCAUGUUGGAGUCCCAGCUCACCAACACCUGCCUAGAUGCAUUUCCAUUUUGGCGACAGUGUCAUCAUUAAAGUACUUUUCAAAUAAUCCUCCACAGUACUGCCACUACGUUGCUGGGCUGGUGGGAAUUGGCCUUUCUAAGCUCUUCUCAGCCUCGGAGUUUGAAGACCCUGUGGUUGGCGAAGACACAGAGCUGGCCAACUCCUUAGGCCUGUUUCUGCAGAAAACAAACAUCAUUAGAGAUUAUCUGGAAGACCAGAAAGAAGGAAGAGAGUUUUGGCCUCAAGAGGUCUGGGGCAGGUACGUGAGGAAGCUGGCGGACUUUGCUAAGCCCGAGAACAUUGACGUGGCCGUGCAGUGCCUCAAUGAGCUCAUCACCAACACGCUGCACCACAUCCCUGACAUCAUCACCUACCUGUCCCGGCUCCGGAACCAGAGCGUGUUCAACUUCUGUGCGAUUCCACAGGUCAUGGCCAUUGCCACCCUGGCCGCCUGCUACAACAAUCAGCAGGUGUUCCGAGGGGUGGUGAAGAUCCGCAAGGGCCAGGCUGUCACGCUGAUGAUGGAUGCCAACAACAUGCCAGCUGUCAAAGCCAUCAUAUGUCAGUACAUGGAGGAGAUUUACCAUCGGAUCCCCAGCUCAGACCCGUCCUCCGAGAAGACGAGGCAGAUCAUCUCCACGAUCAGGACACAGAACCUGCCCAGCUGCCAGCUGGUGGCCCGGAGCCACUACUCACCCAUCUACCUGUCCUUCGUCAUGCUCGUGGCCGCACUGAGCUGGCAGUACCUGAGCGCCCUGACCCAGGUCACAGAGGAGUACGUGCAGACCGGGGAGCACUGAGCGGCCCAGCCGAGGUUUCCGGCACCUGCAGACUUUUAUCUGAGGAUGGGACUGGCCUUUUUCCUUCCUAUUUUAAUCUCCCCAAGAACUCAGUGCGCUUGGAUCUUCAAACUGUGAAAUGCAUUUGCAAAGAACGUGGGAAUCAAAGCAGAGGACGCUUGCCCUUGUGCUGCCACCUGGUCUGCUCCAUUCUCCUCACGUGGGUGGUGGGGCUGCAUGUAGGACGUGCGCAUGGGCAGUGGUCUUGUCCUGCGCGAGUCCUGGCUGGAAUGAUAAUUAAAUGUAUUUAAUUUGAAGCAGCUUUGAAUAUCAUAAUGAAAAAGGAAGUACAUUUUCCUUC